AUGAUUUAUAAAUAUGGUAAUGGUAAAGAAAGAAAAAUUAUCAUGUGUCAGGCACCUGUAAGAGAAACUGUUGAUGAUACAUUUGAUAUGUUUUAUAGAUAUCGUGUUAAAGUUGUCAUUUUACUUGUAAGUAAAGAAGAAAUUGAUGUUUUAGAUAAAUGUCAUUUCAAAUCAUAUCCUGAUAUUAAUAAAUUUGUUCAAUCAGCUAAUUAUGUUCUUAUAAAUAGAACUAGUAUUAUUGAUAAAAAUAGUUGCUUUUAUGAACAUGAUUGUGAGCUUCAACAUAUAGCCACAAAAAAAACAUUACUUCUUAAAUUAAUUCAAUAUAUGGAUUGGCCUAAUAAAAAUAUACCUGUUAAUAGAAAAACAUUAUAUGGAUUAUAUAAAAGAGCUGUUGAAUUAUGUAAAAAUGAUUAUUUGGUAAUACAGUGUAGUUCAGGUGUUGGAAGAUCUGGCACACUUGCUAUGAUUAUUCAUAUGAUCGAUACAAUCGACAAAGAAAAUCCAUUUGAUCCAUUCAAAAGUUUGGACUUUAUAAGGCAACAUCGUUAUAAAGGAGUCCAAACUAUAAGUCAAUUUUUCCUGGCUUUAUGUAUUCUUUAUCAACAUUUUAAAGAUGAAAUUAAAUUUGUUGAUCGAAAAUUAUAUGACCAAUUUAUGGAAUUGACACAAAUUGUCUUUGAUGGAGAAAAAUUAAGUUAUUGCUAA